AUGCAGAUAAUGGAAGGUGAUGUGAUCAAGUUUGGUCACAUGAAUGGAGCAGCAGUACGACCAGGGCAAACUGCGCCACAGGCCAACGCCGAAUUUGCUUUCAUGGUAGAAAGAGCAAAUCCCAGUUACGACUACAUUGGGUUCGUAGAUGGUAGACGUGUGCGCCCUGUAACUUGCUCUGGUGAUACAGAAUACUGUACGGAAAUCGAGGGAAGGACCAUUGACCACGGUGAAGUAGCUCGUCCUACAGUUAUGCAAUCUGUGAAACCUCCACAUUCUCAGAAUGUAACACAACAUCUAAAUGCUCCUUGCACAACGGCUAGCGUUUCGUCCACUGCUGGCACAAAUCCGAUGGCUGGUCUGGUAUGGCCAGGUGCUCUUGGGUACAAUCAAUCAAUUCCUGGUUUUCCAUAUAGUGGAUUUCCCGUAAAUCCUGCGUAUCUGCAACAUCCCCAAUGGGCACAACAGCUUCAAAUGCUAUCUCAGCAAGCAGUUCAUUCUCAACAACAAUCUGGAUUUCGCGUUCCGGACGUCUUUGGAGCAACGGCAUGCAUGGGUCCUUCGAGUGGUCCACCAUCUACUUCUGCUUCUCUGUUUCCGCUCACCCAACGGGGCUUUGCUUUACAAAACAAUGCCUUGGUCAACUCGUUACUAACGCCUGCUGCCCCAUCCCCUUCGAGUCAGCAGCAGAGUCAGCAAAUUCCUCAUCAACAACAGUUACCGCAACAGCUGCAACAACAGCAACAUUCCAUGGCGACAGAUGAAAAGAACACUGUAAAUGCUACCAUAUCUGGAAAGGAGACAAGGUUGUCUUCUGGCUGUAUGGAGCCGGUGUCGGCUACUACGUCCGCAACAACUCAUGUCCCGGAUCCAGCCCCUAUCACCAAAAUUCCUGUGGCAUCGCCUCCAAUGGAGUGCGAUAGUUCUGUUCCUAGUCCGCCAAAAACAUCAGUUGCCUCAACUUCCAAUACCUCCUCCGCCCAGCCGCCCUCACGUGCAAAUGUCUCUCCUCUAAGGAAGGAAGGUCGACAAAAAGAUGUGCGAUCAGAACGCAGCUUCGCAGACUCUCCACAGCCACCUCGAGCACCAGCUCCAGCUCCAUGGGAUAGCACUCCGUCUCCUAGGCCUAGAGAUUACUCUCCAGAUCGGGAAAGCACGGCGACCCGGGAUACUGAAAAAGAUAGGGAUUAUGAAAAGGAAAAGGACCAAAAGGAUGUUGAAAAGGACAAAGAAGAGAAGGCGAAGAACAAGGGAUCUUGGGUUAAUACCGUGCGACGUGUUUCAUCCACUUCACGAAGGCCAACUGAUGAAAUAAUUAUUGAAAGGAAUAGCAAGAAGGAGAAGAAGAAGAUAGAAAAAAUGCGAAAGAAAGAGCGCUCUCGAGAACAGCGUGCAUCUUUUGCUUCAUCUUCCUCUGUUUCAUCCAUGGCGACACCAGCUCCCUCGAAACCAGGGCGAAGGAGAUUGAAACAGUUGAGCGAUGAUUCGAGCAGCUCAGAGUCAUCGAGUGAUUCGGAACAGUCACCGCCGACAUCACGAAAGGCAGUUGAAAAGAAGAGGGCUGAAUCGAAGAAAAAAGUUGCUGGAAAAUCUGCAUCAGACGUGUCAUCUAGCCGUUCUUCUGACUCUGAUUAUGAUUCUGACGAUCGUGUAACGUCGAAAAAAGGUCAUAAGCGACGCUACUCAUCGAGUGAGAAGCUCGUCGAUAAAAGGAAAUCAAAUACCUCAAACUCGUCUGCUGUUGUUUCGAAGAAAAAAGGAAAGGGACCGGGAAGGAAACGGCAGGAGGCGAUCAGUGAUGAAGAGGAGUCAGUGACACAGCAUGAUCCACAGACUACGUGUGCUUUAAAUGGGGAGUGUACCAAACCGCAAAGCGAACAAGUCGGAUGGAUCUUCUGCGAUGACUGUCAAAAUUGGUUUCACAAUAUCUGCAUUCUUGGACGCGAGGAAGCCCCUGAUGACGAAUUUUUCUAUUGCGGAUGCAAGGCAAAGAAGAAAGCGAAGAAGCGUUAG